CUAAAGAGGAGUGCAGAGGGACAAGGUAAGAGGGAGAGGCAGAGGGAGAGAGAUGCUGCACCUGUGCGCGCUCACCUGAGGAGAGGAAAAAGAAUCAACUGAAAAACAAAGAGAGGAGACAGAAAGUUUGUAAGCAUGCCGAGACAGUGUCGCAUGUGAGAGAGUCCCCUUUCAGCCAGCACACUGUGAACAAGGUCGAUCCUCCAGUCUCUGUUGGUGCCAUGGCUGACUCAAGCUGGUGGAGGCUGACCUUCUCACGCAAGAAGAAGUCUGAGUCCAAGGUUCUGUAUGAAAUCCCAGCUGAGCAUGGCAGUAACACUGGGAACAAAGACCACCCGAGUAGUAACGGCUCUCCAGAACUGGACAGCCAGUUGAAUGCCAAACUGGAGAAAAUCGUCGAUAAAUCUGCCACCAAAGGACGCCACGUCAAGGUCUCCAACUCUGGCCGCUACAAGGAGAAGAAGAGGGUCCGCGCCACGCUGGCUGAGAACCCGAAUCUGUUUGCAGACAACAACCUCAGUCAAGAGAAUCAUAAAAAGAAGACUGAGAAAUAGCACAGAAAAUGCACAUACUUGAUCUGUAAUGUGUCAUAUAUCAGUGUCACAUAAGAAGCUUCAAAGAUGGCUUGAAUGUAUGCAAACACCACCAUGUUGUACUACAUGUGCUACUAUUCACCAAACCCAGGUAAACACAAGAAAGAAAGACACUUAAAUAAACAACGAGGUGUCAAAAUUUAAACAUCCACCCGGCAGAGGGGAACUAAACACAAUCCUGGACACAUUUUUCUCCAGAUUUUCUGUCUUUUAACUUUUAUAUUUACUUCCUUGUGCUCACUCUGUUGUUUUAUAUUUUAAAAAAUGACAUGAAGGAAAAUUUGGGGAAUUCUCGCCUCAUGAUUCAAAUGUAACAUUGCUGUCAUUUAAGUUGUUAUUUUUUAAUGUUGUAGGUGUAGUGUUAUGUUUCAGGUUUUUAUGUUUUGUCAAAUGUCAAAGGGAAUUUUUAUUACAUUUUCAUGACCAAAGACUUGACGUCACUGAUUACAUCUGAAACAUUAUGGUGGAUGCUUUAAAAUAUAAAAGCCCCCAAAAGUAUCAAGUCAUCAUUGAAAAGACUUGAAUUUCUCAGCUUUAAGAAACAAAAUGUUAAAGUAAAUUAUAUGUAUUUAUUUAUAUAUCUAUAAACACUUGUUAAGUAAAAUAUCCCCAAACAGGGAAGGGCAAACAUCUUUCAUCCAUCCUUGUUUCCACAUGUUCUUAAAUGAAAAUAUAUAUUGUAUAUAAAAGAUAAAUGUAACCAUUAACGAUCAUCAUGUUGAUCGUGUCAUCCAAACAUGCAAAAAUGUAAACUUUUGCUAGAGGCAACAAUCAGUUUGACAACAUAUUUUGCAGCCACAAAUAUUAAAGGUUUACUCAUGAGGAAUACAUGUGCAAAUUACAGCGCUCGUUGUCAUGAAUUCUAAGUUGACACCCUGAAAAACGCUCUCAUGUUUCACAUAUAAAAACAUCUAAAUUCAUGUUGGUUUCCUUGGAUGUAGAAGUUGGAUAAGAGGGUGGAGUUCUAAAUUAUCAGCCAGCCCUAGAAAGCCUGAUUAGAUAGGUGCAGUCAUAAACCGUAGAGUUUCGAUAAUGUUCAGUAUCGGUCAGUACAGCUGAUCACACAGGAAGAAAAGUGUCAGAAAUUCCUUUAAAAUGCUCUAAAAGACACCAACAUGGUUUACAUGUUUUGAAAUGUACAUGGCAAGCUACAGUUGCCUAUAUCAAUGUCUGUCACUCCAGCCACAACCGUAAUAAUGCAAGCUUUAAGCCUUAUUAUGCUUUAAAAAAAAGUCAGUUCUUUAAAAGAAAAUCAUCCCCUCAUAGUUGCUGUUAAGGGGGAAAUUAGCUACAGUGAAAAAAUUCAAGUUGUAAAUUCAGACUGACUCAUUUCUGGAGCCAGGCUUUUAGAGGAACUGCAGGUUUUGGCUUCGUUUUUCGAGCCUGGAGGUUGCCCCAGGUGACCGCGGUACAGUUUAUGGAUACAAUCAUAUCAGAAAACAUGACUUGGGUAUGCUAAUUGUGCUUUUGUAUGAAUCAAAUAUCUGUUUAUGUUAUUGUGAAUUAACUUCAUGCUGUUUUGUUGGUUUUACUGUCCAAAUAACUCCUGCAGCCAUUGCAUAUGACACAUCAACAAGAAAUGCUGUUUGUAAUUUUUUUUCCUGAGAUGCUUUUUUGUUUUUAAUAAAUAAAAAAGUUGUUAACAUGCAA